CUUUCUGAGUCUGCAUCAGACUUUACAUUCACAUCAGCAAUUGGCAGGUGAACAUGCAGUACCAGAACAUUUCGAAUGGCUCUCUGUUUGCCCAUACCUCAGUGGAUGUGUUAACGUCCAGCACUGUUCUGGGAUUGUGCUUUGCGCUGGGUGUACCAGGUAAUCUAGCGGUGAUGGUCAUGCUCACCCAACAUUUAGAGGGAAGCUUCACCCCAAAUCUGAUGCUGAGUCUGGCUGUCUCGGAUCUACUGAGUCUGAUUUUUCUGCCUGUGUGGAUCUAUGCCCUUCUGAACGGCUGGGUUUUUGGCAGAGGUCUAUGUCUGUUAUUUUCCUAUGUAGUGUACUGGAGCCUCUAUAGUAGUGUGCUUUCCGUCACCUUGUUGAGUGUGCAAAGGUACCUGCAAGUGCUGUACACUCAGCGAUGGGCGAAGCUUGGAGGGAAGGGUCAAAAGGGGCUGAUUUUUGGGAUAUGGAUAUCGAGUGGAGCUUUGGCUUCUUACGCCCUUUAUUACCGAAGUGUUGAGCGGAAGAAGGACGGGCGUCUACACUGUUCUCAGGAUUAUAGGAAUCCUCAAGAAAAAAUAGCUGUCUUACUUGUCGAGACUCUAGUCAUGUAUUUUGUGCCUCUCUUCAGCCUGUUGUGCUUCUACCUUCGACUUCACCAACGAAUAAGUCAGUCAGCUUCCUUCAGCAGCCACAGGCUGACGAAACUGGCUGUCAGAAUCGUAGUGGUCUUCUUCAUAUUCAGCACCCCCUGUAUGAUCAACAACAUGGUUUUAAUGGUGUCAUGGAAAUCAGAAGCCAGCAACAAUGUUACCGGGGCUCUUUUCUUUAUCAACAGUUGCGUGAACCCCUUUCUUUACGCCUUUUCUGCUCGAGCACUGCGAUCCAAGUCAGUAUUCAGACCAGCCACAACAAUAUCAGAAUGAAACUGAAAGUAAGCAGGAAAUCUUUAUUCAUGUGUUACUUAAGUACA